UAUUCUAAAAGACAUCCGGUGUUAGUCGUGUCAGGUUAGGUAAAUCCUAGCUUAUAAGGUUUCUACCAGCUUAUAAGUGAAAAAAGGAGCAGGAUACUAGAAGAUGAACGUCGUGAAGCCAGUCGUGCGACCCCCUUGUUGGGUAAUGCGUCCCGCUGUGAGUGCCUGCACGGCGUCGUCCAAAAGCAGCACGGGCUCUGAUGGAGGUCGGAGCUGGUGGUGGCAAAGCAGGCGGAAGCACGAUAGUCGCGCGGCGGAGGCAGGGUCGUGUACCGUAGCACGGCGGAUGCAUCUGCGAGCAGGAAAAGGCGUUACUUGUCCAAAUUCCCUUAGAACUACAACUACACUUUUGCACUCAAGCUCAACACCAAGUAGCCCUUGUUCCAACAAGUGCCAGCACACACAAAGUCCUUCUUGCUUCCUCUUUCAGCACUUCUACGCUGCCGCUUCUGUUCGAGCUUUGUUACUAGCCUUUUUUGCGCUCCUGUCGCAGACUAGUUUUUGCUUUGGGCUCGUUUCCGUGGAGAGGGUCGAGGUGACUCAUUUUGGACAGUUCCAGCAACUGGAGGAGAGGAAAAAGGCUCAAAUGUUCGCCAGGAGUAGAAGAAGUAACAGAACAAGAACUUCCUCAUCUUCCCUAGAAGGAAGAUUCUCUCGGAACAACGAGCUGCCGGAAGUGCUCCAGCUGGGUAAUUAUGCCCUCUCACUACCCUCCGAGUGCAUCAAGGAGAAUCUCGCGACGUGCGGCGGUGUUAGCAAGACGUGCUUCCCGGAUUUGCGCCCUGCACGUAUUGGCACCCGCGACCCUGAGCACGUAAAAAGAGAAUCUUCGGAUUGGUUCACGCUGGUGGACCCCCCAGUUGCAGUUACGGGUCGUCGUUGUCAAUAUUUUUCAAUAGACCUAGUGAUGUACUCAUCCUAUUAGUAUUUAUACAUAGGGUAAGCAAUUUUUUUGAGGCCAGGAUCUCUCCUUAACGGAGCCUCCUUAAGGGGCUUCCUUAAGGAAAUAGCAUUCCCUAAGGAAUUUCUGUUAUAGAAAUCUACUACAGAGGUCCCUUAAGGGCAAAAGAUGGUCCCUAAGGGAGCCCCUUAAGGGAGGCCCUGUAGUGGAAUUAGGCUAAUGCUAGACCCUUCCUCAAAGGCCACCUCUUAAGGGUCUAGCUUGCUCGCCUAGCCAUGGCUAGCUUGCUAGCUGCUUAGCAAUAGCUAGCGUGCUAGCUUAGUAAUGAAUAGGAUAGGUAGUCUGCUAGCUUAGCCGUAGCUAGCUUGCUAGGUUAGCCGUAGGUAGCUUGCUAGUUACUUAGGCAUAGCGAGGGGGCUUGCUUCUAGCUGCUUAGCCAUAGCCAGCCUGCUAGCUGCUUGGCCAUAGCUAGCCUGCUAGCUGCUUGGCCCUAGCUAGCUUGCUACUAGCUGCUUAGCCAUAGCUAGCGCGCUAGCUGCUUGGCCAUAGCUAGCUUGCUAGCUGCUUAGCCAUAGCUAGCUUUCUAGUUGCUUAGCCAUAGCCAGCGCGCUAGCUGCUUAGCCAUUGCCAGCGCGCUUGCUUAGCCAUUUGAGCACGCAAGCCCGCCGGCUUGCUAGCUUCCUUAGCCAUAGCAAGCUUGCUAGCUUAGCCAUGGCCACCCUGCGUGCUAGCUUAGCCCGGCGUAGCCAGCCUUCUAGCCUAGUCGUGACCAGCUUGCCAGCUUCGCCAUAGCUAGCCUGCUAGCUUAGCCAUAGCCACUCCAGCGUGCUCGCUUAGCCAUAGCCAGCCUGCUGGCUUAGCCAUGGCCAGCGCCCUUGCUGAUUCAUUCUAAGCCAGCCGCGUGUCGCUAGCUUGGUGACUUAGCGGCUUGCCUCGUUUGUCUUAUCUGUCUAGUGGCUUCUAACCUAUGCCCAGCGCGCCGGGCCCUUGCUGGGCCCGCUUUCUGGGAAUGUACCUAUGACGCCAUGAUCUGUCUGUUCACUGGUUUUGCAAGGAGAAAAGCAGUCUUCGUAAGCUAUUCAUUGUGCAGCAUAAGUGAUAAAGAUAAGCUGAGGCGGAACAGAACAAGUGCCUGCUCUAAUGUUCAGCAUGCGGGCUGGUUCCCAUAUCCCUUGACGGUUGAACUUUGCGCUCAGAUUUGUGCUGAGACCUCCGGCUGCGCUGCAGUGGCUUUCCUAGGGGGCGUCAUGGAUGUUUCCAACUGCCAAUUAUUGGUUUCUUCCGAAGAGGCACAAGGGGCAUUCACGGCAGAGACUGACAUGCAAAUCAUAUUCAUGAACAAAGGCGACCGCGACUGCAAAGAACAGCUUCUGCAGCGGCAUGAAGCAGUAACGACGUUUGAGGAGGAGUUUUUACGAAAUACGAGAAAUGAUGAGACUUCGCGAGACAGAGAGCCUUGUCUGUCGUACUGUCACAGACGUAUGAAGGGCGGCGUGGCACUUCUGCUCGCUCUCAUAUUUUCUACGCCGACUCGAGUUUUGCGCUCCUCCUCGCACUCAUGGCUGGCGAAGGUGGUUGGGCUCGGCUCCAUUUCGCUCUAAAGGAGAGGAGCCGAGGCCUCACCCUGUCGGUUUGUGGUCGAAGGGCUCAGAGCUUGCUUUGCUUAAGUAGAUCGUACCUGAAGUAAGAACUCGUGUAAGUUUAGAGAGGCUGUCUGUCUGUAUCAGGUGGAGUCUCGGUGAGCUCGUCACUCUUUCUUGGUGACACGGGGGAUCUCAUGACGGUUACAGACCUACACCAGUUCCUUGAGCGCUACGAGUGCGGCGAAAACGAGCGAGAAUUUCACUUGCAGAAUAUUAUUGUGACGCACAGCACAGAACAAGCGCAGCCAGUCGCCAAGUACGACGUGCUUCACCGCUCAAACAGCGCUUGUGGCUGCUUACGAUUGUGUCUCCAGUCGCCCGAAUGCAUCGUUUGGGCAUCGAAGCAGACGGGUAACGAGUUCACAUGCACGCUUGGGGGAAAGCAACAUUACGUCGUGGAUUAAGACUCUUUCUCCAUAUUUAGCCUUGUACACGCGACCAUCGGGAUGUUUCAUUUUUCGAAGGCGAUGAUAUGCGUAAUUCAGAUGAUGGACUGACAUCGAAAAAUUUUUACAUUCAGAUUUUUUCUCUCGUCGUAGCUUAAUCCCUUCAACCAAUACAUUCAUAUCACGUCCGGGUUUGAAUUCAUGUCUCACUCAGACGAUGGUGAAAGUGGUCCGGCUUCCAAAUUCCGAUCAGAUGUAAUUGACAAAGAGUCCUGCGGAGGGAACCUCUGCGAAGGCCGAGCAUCGAGCCAGUCGGAAAAUGAUAGAUUCGACUAUAUGAUACACCUAUGCGAUUUGUCGCUCUCGGAUUAUCUGAUGGGCUCAGAUUUUCUCGAGCAGCACAUCGGGUAUGUGCCAGGAAUAAGGUUUUCACUUAAGGGCAGGCCUUAGGUGUUUCUUUUACCGUGUACUAUGGGUCUCCUAGGGGAGAAAAGCAGCACGAAUGGGGAGCACAAACACCAAGGCCCUACCUCUAGUUCAACCUUAGAAUGUGGAAGGAUUUGCGCUCUCAUGGAGCCGGUCUGCGAAGGUUUUAUCGUGGGGAGCUGGGCUUACUCACCGCCUGACGUGGGUUACUGCUUCCUACUGCGUAAUCUGGGGAGUGACCGGAAAAAACCGCAGCCAUUGCCCCACCACAACAGCUGGGCGCACAGAGAGGAUAACUCAUUUAGAGCAGCAUUCUUCCGGCUCACAUUACGGAAAAAAAUUAAUAAGAUGAUCAAAAAUUUCAUCAAUAGUAUUAUCUUGCGUUCUAAAGCGGGAAGGGGAAGCUAAUUACACACGUGGUCACUUAUUGUUCCAUGAGUCAACUUUUUAACACGUCUGCGCCUCUAGAUUAAGUCCACUGCUGCUGCUGCUACCACUACUACCACUACUUCUACUAGGGUGAUAGAAUGACUCAGUAGUUAUUCUUGAUGAGUGAUGAGUAAUAUUUGGUAGUAGUUUUUUUUGGUUUUGGUGAGUGUCUUACUUUUGACUUUUGUUUGCUAGCUAAUAAGUAGACUGAGCCUAAUCGCAGCUACGACACGAGACGGAGAAAGAUGCGGAGACAAGUUUCGGGUUGCGUGGGUGUGUACGUGCGAGAAUGGGCAUGCGGCAGACAGCCCUAAGGCCAUCUGUUUUUAAAGUCGAGAAUGAAUGAGUGAAUGAAAGAAUACUGAUCCAAGAUUAUUUGAGUGUACAUCGUGAGGAUGCACGCGUGAUCAUAAUCAAGAGUGCAUCAUCAAGAGUGCAGCAUCAUAGUCAAGAGUGCAUAAUCAUAAUCAAGAGCGUAUCAUCAUAAUCAAGAUCCUUGCAAGGUGCAUCAUGGUCAUAAGUAUUAUCCUGAUUGCAGCAGAACUACGACUACUUAAGUACGUGAUUGAUUUCCUUCUUGUUUUUCCUAGUUACGGCUCGGCUGAACUAAGUAGAUAGAGACCUAGUGCACUUGUUCUGGAGUUGGCAGAUUCCACGAGUACUCCUGACUUGGAGCACCGUGCUACUAACUUGGAGUGUGCACUAUAGUACAAAUAGCCGGUUAAUUUUCCCUCGUAGUUCUGACUUUCUCCCUUUAAGACUCCCUUCAAGACUACAGUACAAAAGUCUCUAUGAAAAAUUUAGCACAUACUAGUACGACCAUAUCGUGCAACUACGGGGACUUCUUCCCGACAUCCAAACGACUUAUUUCCGACAUCCAAACGACGUAUUUAGUAUAACGCCAAAAAUCCAAAAUAGAACCUUAAUAUCAGGUGUUGUGGAUGGGUGUCCUUCUCGCAAGUCAUCGCUUCUAAUAGUGGGGAUCCCGGGUGUGCCGUCCUGGCGCGACGUGGUGCCGCGAAUGCUACUACGGAUAUUCGCUGAGUGAGGGCCGCGAGUGCGAGCGCGACGCAGCAAUCGCUCUCCCCUUAGACUUAAGCCUCUCACAUGGAGUAAUAAGUACUCUUUAGACUAAAGCCUCCCACAGGGAGUGAAAAUGAGUACUAUUUCAUGCAUAUUCGAGGGUGAGACAUAUGGGGCUGACAGGACUACGAAAGCGCCGGCGCUUAGUUAGUUUUUUCGCUAGAUAUAUUAUACCUAAUUAGGUCUGCUCCACCACAAAUAUACUGUCAAAGACAACUUCUCAGGGACAACUUGUCGCACAUGAUACAUAGAUCUACUUCUUUUCGACUCUCUCUCAUCUAUUUAUUAAAUCCUACUAGAAGUGGAAUGAUUGACUUCUGGUUUUCACGCACGAUGUUGGGAUGACUCUCCGGUGCGUUGUGUGAAUGCUGAGAUGAUCCUCCGGAAGUAAAAGAAAUAAUGUAGUACUACUCAUCCUGAAAUACAGGGCCACUAGAAUACUUUACCUAUAGUUAGUCUCACAUCUUCUCCUCUGUAAUUUUUCACUCUUCUUUUAGUUAGGUUGGCUCCACUGAUAAUAAUGCAGUACUACUCAGCAUUGGGGUUACGAUCUUGGAAUCAUACUCGCAGCAUCCGCUAAGAUACAGCUUGAAUGAGGAUGUCGAAGUGGAUGAAGACGAAGUCAGGGUGACAUCGGUGAUCACACCGAAGGGAGCCGAUGAGCAAGACGUGGCGCUUAUGGAAUAAUAGAGUAGUCUUGCAGAAUUCUAACUCUCACUAGUCUACUUAGUAUUCUGUCGAUAAACCGUCUCAGUCAUCUAGAGUAGGUUGGACAGGCUCCAUCUAGAGUAGGUCUACAAAGUGUGUCUUGGCAGAAAGUUCAAAUCGUGUCUGCGGUUCAAAUCUGCUACUCUGCGGUGUCUGCGGCACAUGGUUCAAAUUUACUAGUCUAGCUUUUCAGACUGAGACAGUUUUUUCCUUCCAUAAUGCAGCUGGAUAUGACACAAGUGCUGAUCAUGGUCGGAGCCUGCACCGGCAUUUCCUUGCUAGCAGGCUGUGCAUACCUGGGAGCGCAGUAGUAGCGGACCUAGGUAUUACCUAGUAGCUGAGGAUCAUGAUGUUCAUCGUUGAUCCCGUAUUAUUGGAAGAAAGACAACUUCAUUUGCCUAGAAGACACACAAGCCAACUAACAUAUUUAUUUAUUUUUUGAAGAAACAUAUAAUUUUUUGAAGAACGACAAACGAACAAUCUCACAGACUUCUACCUGCUAGUACUACCAUUUACCAAGAAGCGCAACAUAAACUGGAGGCGUGGUUGCGGAGAUCUGCUACUAGACGUCUGCGUUUGACGGCAGUGGGACGAGUAUGUGAGUCCAUCUCACAACCCUGGAUUCACAACCCUUGCCACUUCUGAUAGACUUCCAAGUCUUCGUAUUCGCAGAGAAUUCCAAGUUUUCUGUUGAUAGCCGAGAGGCUUACAGUGGUCCCACUUCUCAGGUGGACAUCAUGAAGAUGAAGCAAGGACAGACGAGAAGAGCUUAGUAUGUAGUACUAGUAUGUAUACUAGUACGUAAGUUAGUAGACACUACAUAAUGCAUGAUUAAUGUGAUCGCUGAACUCGCCGAUUCUUCAUUGGUGUCCCUUAAAACCUGCAACCCCGCAUGAUUCUUAUCGAAAACUUCCACAUAGCUACUGAUAAUUCUUAGCCAGCGAACAUGUUUAUGCAUCUUACUUUGAAACCUUGCAGAUACGAUUUUGAAACCAGAGGCUAUCAGCCAGACAUAUAUGAUUUAUUACACCUCAAUAGCCACUAUCUCGGACGGCCUGUCACCCGUUGAGGUGCCUGCUUCAAUCUAAAUGAAUCGCGUUGCCUGCAGUCAUGCAUACCAGUGGUAGGACGACUUCCAGAUGCCAGGUUUACGACAAAGAAACGCAAGUGGGUCGAGCCAAAGUUGAUAAAGAUGACUGAUUUUAUAAGAUAUGCAGGCGAAGGCUUAGGUCCCGCGACGCUCAAAGCACUAAGUAAAGCAACCGGUUAGUUUUCACCUCUAAAAGUAUUAGUUUAUCCCGUGAAUCAAGAUAUGCGGCAAAAAAUUACGCAAGGACAGGGCUGUCUUUGAGCGCUCUGGAAAGGAUCCCGUGUCGAUAAC